AUGCUAGGCCUCGUGGGCUUGAUCACUGGCGCUGCUGCGGCCGUUCUGCUGCUGCUGCUGCUGGCCGCCUGCCUGUGCCGUGGCCGGCAGUACCCCGGUGUGGAGAGGAACCGCCCGGCUGCGAGGACAGACCGGGUCCGGUGGGCCCAGCCUUGCUUCUUCCCGCGCCGGGGCCACCUGGGCCGCCCUCACUGUCUCCAUCAUCCUGGCCACGUGGCUCGCAUGCACCAUGCGGGCCUCCAGCACCACCACGGCCCCCGAGGCCGCCGCUGA